CUAUGAAUGAAUUGGAGUCUCAGAAACAACACAGAAAACAAAACAUUUUCAAGCACAGAAGGCCACAUGAUCAUUCAACUUUUUCCUCCAAUAAAUUAUUUUAGUUUCUUGAAGCCCAUCAUUGGACUGUCACAUCCUUCCAUUGUUGUUCUCUUGUCUGUGUUGAAAGUGCAUAUAUAGUUACAACAUGUAUGAGGGAAGCGAACCAGUAUUCUCCCGUUUCUAAUCAUAUCAAACAUUGAACACUUUUGUGGAAGGAAAGAAGGAAAGAAGUGUUUGUAUUUGAACUUUGGAGAUUGUGUUGUAGGUCCCACCUCUUUGGACUUUUCCGGUCUCUCAUCCGUACACUACAAUACUUGAGUACAUUUUGAUGAUUCUACUCUCCCCAACUUGCAAUUUCCCAUCAUUAUUAAUAUUAUUAAUUUAUUAUUACACCACUACCUCCAAUAUUUCCAAUCCCAUUGGAAUUUCUUAAAGUGAGUGCCUUUAUCAUAUACAAGUUGACCAUCUGUUUUAUUUUGAUGUGCAUAGCAUCCUCAUAGAACAAGUCUUCCACACAAAACUGUUUCUCUUUUGAGUAUUGAGUCUUAGUCAAUACUCAAUAUGUUUAGUGUUGCAUUGCAUUUCAUAGAUGGUGAAGUCUGAUUGGAGGUUCAUGAAUCAAGAAACUCAACUACACUUUUAUUAUUUGGAAAAUAUUAUACAUUCUAAAAAAAUCAAUUAAAUAAGAUUGUUCUUGGAAGGAGUCAAAGAAAUCUCUUCCCUUCUGAGAAAAAAAGUGCAUUUAAGGUGUGUUACUAGCUUCCAAAACCAGAAAAUGGUGCCGGAGAAGGUGAAGAAACAGCUUGCUUUAGCUGUGAGAAGCAUUCAAUGGAGCUAUGCAAUCUUUUGGUCUAGCUCACCUACCCAACCAGGGGUGUUGAGCUGGGGUGAAGGUUAUUACAAUGGAGACAUCAAAACUAGAAAGACAAGCCAAGUGGCAGAACAUAACUCUGAUCAAAUAAUAAGCUUACAGAGAAGUGAGCAGCUGCGAGAGCUAUACUCGUCCCUUGCAGACUCGAAAUCCUGCUCGCAGACGAAAAGGCCAUCGGCGGCACUGUCCCCUGAAGAUCUCACAGAUACUGAGUGGUUCUACUUGGUUUGCAUGUCCUUUGUGUUCAACAUUGGCCAAGGUUUACCUGGAAGAUCAUUGGCAUAUGGUCAACCUAUUUGGUUGUGCAAUGCUCAUUCUGCUGAUAAUGGUGUUUUCUGUCGCUCAUUACUUGCUAAGAGUGCAUCCAUUCAGACAGUGGUGUGCUUUCCCUUUCUGGAUGGGGUUAUUGAGCUAGGUACAACUGAUCCGGUCUCCGAAGACUAUAGUCUUAUUCAAGUGAUAAGGAAUUCUUUCUUGGACAUUCUUGAAACCAACCUUCCAAAUAAUCCAGGAGCUAAUUUGAACACAAGAAACAAGGAAGAAGGUGGUGUUGCUUGUGGAGAAUUUGACCAUAAUGCUUAUGGUCUUAAACUAACCCCAGAAGUAAUAGGAUAUGAACUAAUCAACAUAACUUCUCCUACUACUAGUUCAAAUGCAUUACAAGCCAACCAACAAACAGAUGGAAGAACAAUGUUUCCAACUGAAUUCAGCAACUGUUUCCAUAACUCCAGGAAUUCUAGUGAUUGUUUGUCCGAAAAUCAUUGUGCACAGGACCUUCAACAAUGCAAUGAUAACCCAAAAACAACCUUGGUGAAUCUCGGAAGCGACGAUAAGCAUUAUCAGAGGAUACUCUCUGCCCUUCCAAUACGCCCUGAUGAUGACCGGUUAAUCAUGAGAGUGCAUCUUCGAAAUUUUCGUGGGGAAUCAAGCUUUGCCAUUUGGAAGCAACUAGGAUCAAUGGAUUGUCAAAGAUCAAGAAGAGGAGGAACACCACAGAACUUGUUAAAGAAGGUAUUGUUUGAAGUUCCUCUGAUGCACAUGGACGGAUUGCUUGAGUCUCAAGAAAAGAUCGGUUCCAAAGACAGAAUGAGAUUAUUAGAGGUAGAUGAUGUUGGCAUGAACCAUGCUUUGUCAGAAAGAAAGAGAAGAGCAAAACUAAACGAAAGGUUUUUAACUCUAAGAUCAAUGGUUCCUACAAUUAGUAAGGAUGACAAGGUUUCAAUAUUAGAUGAUGCCAUGGAAUACCUUAGAAAACUUGAGGAAAAGGUAAGGAAGUUAGAAGCUGAAAAGGAUGUAACAGAUUUGGAUGGUAUAGUAAGUACAAGAACAUCUCAGGAUAUGGUGGAGAGGGCUUCUGAUAACAAUAGCAACAAGAAUUCGAAAUCGGUGUCAAACAAGAGGAGGGCUUGUGAGGCUGCUGGUGAUGAAGAGAUGAACAAUUCAGAGAUUGAUGUUGGAAUCUAUGUGAGUGAGAGUGAAGUUGUGAUUGAAAUGAAGUGUCCUUGGAGAGAAGGACUUCUGCUGGAAACUGUGGAAGCACUUAGCAGCCUCCAUUUAGAUUGUCAUUCACUUCAGUCAUCAAAAGCUCAUGGGACUCUCUAUCUCACAAUUAAAUCUAAGGUAACAAUUAAAGUUCAGAGGAGCAAAUAAUGUUGCACCAGUAAAAAGGAUUAGACGCACACUCCAAAAAGCGGCUAUGAAGAGUUGAAUAAUGUAUUUACCUCGAUUUAAUUACAUUUAGAUUUAUAGUAAUGUCACAUUCACAAGUGGUUGGAGAUUUUGUAGGAAGAUUUGUUCAGGUAAAAUAUAGUUUACUUGUUAGACAUGCCAUUUUGGUUUCUUAGUUAUGUAACAUGGACUUCUCUCCCUGACUCUCUCCAUGCAGUUGCAAAUUGGAAGGCUUAUUAUAUUUUAGUAAUUUUAC